GGGAAACACGACAGUCAAAUAAGGAAAUGACGUGCGGUGUUCGGCAUUUCUGUUUUGAGAAGCAAGGGGAGCUAGGAAAGCCUUCAUGGGGCAGUUCUGCUACAAUUGUUAAGUCGUGAUAUGACCGAUUGUAAGAAACGACAGUCAGCGAGGGCACGAAAGCAAAGGAGUUGCUCAAAGAUGGAAGACUGCUUGAUAGAAGACCAGACAACCUUUUACUCGAAGGCAGAACACUACUGGAAGGAAGUCCCGCCCACUGUGGAUGGAAUGCUGGGAGGUUAUGGCAGCAUUUCCAACAUUGACAUUAAUGGCUCCAAAAAGUUUCUUCAAAAAUUCCUUGGGGAAGGCCAGGGUAAGACCGGGACAGGCUGUGCUCUGGACUGUGGAGCUGGAAUUGGCCGUAUCACCAAGCGGCUGCUCCUGCCGCUCUUUCGUACAGUGGACCUAGUGGAUGUGACGCAGGAGUUCCUGGAUAAAGCUCGUACAUACCUGGGUGAGGAAGGCAAGCGGGUGGAGAACUACUUCUGCUGUGGCCUGCAAGAUUUUCAACCCCAGCCAGAACGUUAUGAUGUCAUAUGGAUUCAGUGGGUGAUUGGUCAUUUGACCGACGACCACCUGGUGGAAUUCCUGAGGCGUUGCCGGAGCGGUCUGCGUCCAGAUGGCCUGAUUGUGGUGAAGGAUAAUGUUGCGUAUGAGGGUGUAAUACCUGAUGAUGUAGACAGCAGUGUGUGUCGGAACCUGAAUCUACUACGUCACCUGGUAUCCAAGGCUGGACUCAACAUCAUCUGUGAGGAGCAGCAGCAGAACUUCCCUGAGGAGAUCUAUCAGGUUCACACUCUAGCGCUCAGAUAGCUGCAAGCAUUGCAGGAGCAUGUUUUUGUGUUUUUGUUCUGAAGCCAAUGAUGUCAAAGGAAAUUAGGAUCAAUGUUAGCUACACAAGAAGCUGCGUGUUACUGUCAGUGUGAUCGCCGUUUUUUUAAAAAGGCACAAGACUUGAAGGUGAUAUUGGGAGCUUGGGAUUUUACCUCAAGAGUUUGUAAUAUGGCAGCUAGGGCUCAUAGCUGUCAUGAAUGUGAAUGUAAAAGUGGCGAAUGGUAGCUUUUCAGAGAUCCAAACAGCUUCACACUCCAGUUCAUCCUCGGUUUGAAGUCUUCUGUCUGACUCAGCAAGGUUGGAAAAAUAUGUGGAAGAUAGGAACAAUCAAGAAAAAAUGUAAACCUCACACACUGCUUCAUUUUUAGCUGUGGGUGCGCUAAAGACGAAAGAAGGGAUAGUUCAGCCUAAAAUGAAAAUUGUCAUCAUUUUGUCACCCUCAUGUCAUUCAGAACUUUCCUCUGAUGAAUAUAAAAUAUAUUUAUGAUAGUGUUUUUUUUUUUUUUUUUUGUCCAUACAAUGGAAGGUCAUUGGUCUGGUUACCAACAUUCUUCAAAAUGUUGUCAUUUGUGUUAGACAGUCAUACGGACAGAAUUUUCAUUUUGGGGUGAUCUAUCCCUUUAAGACUAUUUAAUCAGAGUUUAGCACGUCUGUGGCACUGAACGAUGUGUGUAAAACCUUUUAAUAACUUAUUUGAGAAUUUGAAUGUUCCAUUUUAAUAUGUGUGAAUUUACAGCUGUUGACAGAAAACUCUCAACUGAACCAUGUUGUAUUUUGCCUUGAAUAAAUUAAUAUUUUGGAGCA